AUGAAAUAUGUACUUGCUGAAUUAGAAAAAAAGAAAAUAGCUUUUGUUAAACUUAAAAGACAUGAAUAACUUCAACAAUCUAAGGAUUAAAAUGAAGAAAAAGAUUAGUUCGGAUAAACUUAACCCAAAAAAUAAUGGCCUUAUAUUUUCUAAUAAAUUAGAAAUCUUUAUAAGAAUACCCUUAUAUUAAAUGAGGGAAUCACAAAAGAAGAAGGUUUGGAUUUACUUAAAAAUAAAUAGGCUGACUUUAUUAGCUUUGGUUUACUUACUAUUAGUAAUCCUGACUUGCCUAAUAGAUUUAAAUAAGGUUUAGAGUUGACCAAAGCUGACCAUGCAACCUUUUUCACUCCUGGUACUAAAGGUUAUACUGAUUAUCCACUGCUAUUACAUAAAAGUCAAGAUUAAGCAAAAACGGAUUACAAGUUUGUUUCAAAAUGUACGGCUAUUAUAAAAUGGUGA